CGUCCCGGCUCCCGCAGCCGAAGCCCUGCGGCUGUCCCCGGGCCGGGCGGGGCCGGGCGGGGCCGAGCCGAGCCGUGCCGAGCCGGAAGGGCGCAGGGGGCGGCAGCGGCAGCAGCAGCAGCAGCAUGCGGGAGGCACGGUUCAGGGACCACUUCUGGAGCACAGACCUGACCAGCACAGUUGGCUAUGACAGCAUCAUUCAACAUCUGAACGACGGCAGGAAGAACUGCAAAGAGUUUGAAGACUUUUUGAAGGAAAGAGCGAUUAUAGAAGAAAAAUAUGGUAAAGAGCUCAUUAACUUGUCGAAGAAGAAGCCCUGUGGGCAGACGGAGCUGAACACCCUGAAGAGAUCCCUGGAUGUUUUCAAACAACAGAUAGACAAUGUGGGACAAGGUCACAUCCAGCUGGCACAAACCCUUCGGGAGGAAGCCAAGAAGAUGGAGGAAUUCAGGGAGAAGCAAAAGCUGCAUCGGAAGAAGAUAGAGCUCAUAAUGGAGGCGAUUCACAAGAACAGGAAUUUGCAGUACAAGAAGACCAUGGAGGCCAAGCGGCUCUACGAGCAGCGCUGCAGGGAUAAAGACGAAGCGGAACAGGCGGUGCACCGCAACGCCAACCUGGUCACGCAGAAGCAGCAGGAGAAGCUCUUCCUGAAGUUGGCUCAGACGAAAUCGGCUCUGGAGGAUUCAGACAGGAGUUACCAGCAGAGUAUUACUGCACUGGAGAAGAUCAGGGAAGAAUGGAUGAAAGAGCACAUCAAAGCUUGCGAGUUCUUCGAGACGCAGCAGUGCGAGCGCAUCAGCUACUUCCGCAGUGCCCUCUGGCUCCACGUCAACCAGCUCUCCCAGGGCUGCGUCCAGAACGACGAGAAAUACGAGGAAAUCCGCAAGAGUUUAGAAAUGUGCAGCAUUGAGAAGGAUAUUGAUUUUUUUGUAAAUUUGCGCAAAACUGGAAGUUCGGCCCCAGCUCCUGUUGUUUAUGAAAACUACUACAACACACAGAGAAGUGCGACCCCUGUGAGAAGUCCGGUUUCUGUGCCUAUGUCACGGAGGGCGCCUCUACCCACCCCGACCAGUGGGCCAGGUGAUCCUGAUUAUGCCACAAUUGACGGCUACAGCUUGAUACACCGCUAAUAGCCAUGGUUCUCCAGGCAGAAGAUGCUGUCAGUCUGGCCAGUGCGGCAGUCGGUGUUUUCAGUUAUUCUCAGCAACACCGAGCUGCAGUGCUUCUUCAUUUAAAGAAAGUAUUUGAGGACUCUGAUAAUUAUUUGUGCAUUCAGAAAGCACCUACUAAAAAUCUGUUCCUUUGGUAAGCAAACUCCUUGGACAUAUAUUCCAUUUUCACGCUCAGGGGAAGAAAAAUAAGCAAUGGAACUGGACACAGGGUGUUCUGCGUUGGAAGAAGUUUUUGAUUUGAAGUUCUUCCUAUGUGCAGCCAUCUGGGAGAGCCUGGAGCCUUCUGCUCUCCAGAUAACUAAAAAAAACACAUGUGCCAAGGGGAGCUGUGCAAAGCUUUGGGCAUGCUGGCUUGUGUUCAGAGCUAAGGGUACACUUCGACCUGUUUCUGAAGUCUUUUAUUAACGGUGAUUAAACUUGUAAUUUGGAUUUAAUUUCAGUCAUGUUCCUCUGGGAGCUUACUACAUAGAGGAGCACCAUCGAUUACAUCAUGGGUCUGGCUUUGCUGUGCUGAUAUUUGGUGCUGAUUUGUGCCUUGCGUGGUGCAGCAGCACACAGAACAGAAACCCAGCGAGGGGCUGUGCCACUACAAACCUGCUGGCAAGUCUCUCACCCUGCAAUAUUGUUGAGGAUCAGAAGGAAGUCAGUCAGCUCUCCCACCACCUCUCCAAUGAGAGGCUUGUGUUUUUCUGAGGCUCAUGGUAUAACUUGUCUCUGUAGGCUCCAGAUACUCCCAUUUGAUUAGCUUCUGGCAAUCCCUGAACUUUGGACGUGUAUCGAUGCUAGAUCCAAAUGUAAAGUCCGUUUUCAGCGGGGAUUUGAGUGCCAAUAUAAAUGAAAGGGAAAUUGUCAACUGUCUAUCUUAAUUACUUCUCCCUCUGCUCUAGCAAGCUUGACAACAAAAUAUUGGUUCUGACUUCCUCAUCCUGACUCCUAGAGGCAUCCUCAGCAGUAACCCUGCAGGGUCUGUCUGGUUCUGUCUGCACACCACUGGAAACAAACUUAGCCAUGGAGCCAUGAAACUCAUUUCCUGGUCAGGUCUCCUCAAAGGCCUUCCCCUUUUUGUUGCCUUAUAUAUGAUCGCAUGUUUGAUGCAGAAGCUCACAUACCUCAGGGCUGCUGGUCUCUCUGUGCUGUGUGGCUUAACAGCUCCUCGGUGCCUUGCUAUACUGAGCAUGGGGAUAUGGGACAGAGGGUGCUGGACGCAAUUUAGCUGUCUAUACCUGGAGCAACAGGGGCUGCUGGCUGCAUGAUGUUCUGCAAGUUGAAUCCACGCAACUUCAGUGUGUGCCUAAACACACUGGUCCCCGGGGAUAUACGUUAUUUCUUUAUGUAGAAAGGAUCACAAUGAGCUUUAACUUCUGUCCUGCUGCAUGAUAUGUACAAAGUGCACAAUAAAGGAAUAAUUUGUCCUUU